CACAUCCACACACGCACGCACACACACUCACGGGGACUUAGCAGCAGAGAUGAAGAGAGAAACCUGGACCAUCCCUCUUUAUUCCAAAGGUUUGUCGCCUUUUAGGGAGAAACGGAAAAGAUGCUUUGGGUCCACAUGCUCUCGUCUGUGGUGAUUCUACAGAGGAGAUCUUCUGAACAGUGAACUGGUUUUUUUUUUUGUUUUGUUUUUUUUUUUCCCCUCCUUGUCAACGAUGUAAAUCAUCUUGGGGAGUUUCCGCCGUGGAGCUGGAUGGCUGGAUUUAAAACAUGGACUUCUUCGGCACAGCUGUCUGGGCUGGCCUGAUCCAAAUUUAGUGGAAAUCAACCUCUGAGGGUGGCCUGUGGGGUGCACCGCGUGCCCCUGGGGUACAUUGGGAGUUCACUCCCUAACUCUUUACCAUGAGAGUACCUGGAAGCCCCGCCUGUCUGUGCCCACUGCUGCUGCUGAGUGUCUGUCUCAACCGAAAGAGCAGUGGAGAGAGGCAGCCUCCCUUGUCUGGACCCUCUAAAUCCAUCCGGAACCAGAACCAAACGGCGUCCCAAGACGGGGAUAAGGAUGCGCACCAUCGGCCCAAGAGGGGGUGGAUCUGGAACCAGUUCUUUGUUUUGGAGGAACAUAUUGGACCAGAUCCGCAAUACGUGGGGAAGCUUCACUCUAAUUCGGACAAAGGGGAUGGCUCCGUCCAGUAUCUUCUCUCCGGCGAAGGCGCCGGUACCAUCUUCACGAUCGACGACGUCACCGGCGACAUCCACGCCACGAAGAGUCUCGACCGCGAGAAGAAGAGUCAUUACGUCCUGCACGCUCGCGCCGUCGACCGCUUCACCGACCGAGCCCUGGAGCCCGAGUCGGAAUUCAUCAUCAAGGUCCAGGACGUGAACGACAACGCCCCAAAGUUCCCCAGCGGCCCCUUCACCUCCUCCGUGCCUGAGAUGGCAGACAUCGGAACAUCGGUGUUCCAGAUUACUGCCACGGAUGCCGAUGACCCCACCUAUGGGAACAGCGCCAGGAUCGUUUACAGUCUGCUACAGGGACAGCCUUAUUUCUCUGUGGAUCCCAAGACUGGCAUUAUCAGGACAGCUCUGGCCAACAUGGACCGGGAAGUCAGGGAACUCUACAGCGUCAUCAUCCAAGCCAAAGACAUGGCCGGCCAGGUGGGGGGUCUGUCUGGCUCCACCACAGUCAACAUCACUCUGACUGACGUCAAUGACAAUCCUCCCAAAUUCCCUCAAAAGAACUACCAACUCUACGUCCCUGAAUCAGCUCAGGUGGGAAAAGCGGUGGGUAAAAUCAAAGCGGACGACGAAGACCUCGGAGUCAACACCGAGAUGUCGUACAGAAUCACUAACGAAGAAGGCGCGGCCAUGUUCUCCAUUACCACCGACAAUGACAAGAGAGAGGGUGUCAUCUCUCUGAAGAAGCCCCUGGACUAUGAGAAGAAAAGAGCCUAUUCUCUGCACAUAGAGGGAGUGAACACACAUCUGGACCCUCGAUUUUCCCACCUUGGUCCUUUCAAAGACACAACCACCCUGAAGAUCAUCAUUGGAGAUGUGGAUGAAGCUCCCGUGUUUUCUAUGGAUUACUACAUCAUGGACGUCUACGAGAACUCUCCUCCCGGGACUGAGGUCGGCAUGGUGACGGCACAUGAUCCCGACAGCACCAAAAGUGCGGUCAGGUACUCUAUUGACCACAGUGCAGAUGGAGAUUCACUAUUCAAGAUUGAUGCCAACACUGGACUCAUCAAAACCAGGCAGAGUUUGGACCGUGAGCACGAGGCCUGGCAUAACAUCACUGUCAUGGCUUCAGAGGUUGACAACCCCAGUCUUGUGAGCUAUGUACCAGUCACCGUCCAGGUCUUGGAUGUUAAUGACAACACACCUUAUAUUGCCGCGGACAACGACAUCAUCGUGUGUGAGAGUUCCAAGUCAGGCCAGGUGAUUCAGACUGUCAGAGCUUUGGACAAGGACAACUUCGCCAACGGACGCUUUUCCUUCACACUGCCAGACCACCUCCCGGCAAACCCAAAUUUCACCCUCAAAGACAAUGAAGACAACAGUGUGAGUGUCCUGGCAGUGCGGCGUGGGUUCAGCCAGGCGGAGCAGGAGCUGUACCACCUGCCCGUGGUGGUGUGGGACGGCGGGGAGCCCGCCCUGAGCGGCACCAGUACGCUCACUUUGCGUGUGUGCCCGUGCCAACGUGGCACCAGGAACCGAGUGUGCAAAGCCCAGGCUUUCUUCUCUUCGGCCGGGCUCAGCACCGGAGCUCUCAUCGCCAUCCUGCUCUGUAUUCUCAUCCUGCUAGCCAUCGUUGUGUUGUUCGUGACUCUGCGGAGCAAGAAGAACAAAAAAGAACCCUUGAUCAUCUCCGAGGAGGACGUGCGGGAGAACGUCGUGACGUACGACGACGAGGGAGGCGGAGAGGAGGACACGGAGGCGUUCGACAUCGCAGCGCUGAGGAACCCAGCCGCGGCGGAGGAGAUGAGGCUCAGGCGGGACCUGCAGUCCCAGGUUUGGGGUGCUGUGGGCGGGGAACCCCUCAGCCCCUCUACGACCCUGGCUCAGGAACACAUCCACGACGUCAUCAAACUGAAGGUGGUGGAGGCUGACAGGGACACCAGCGGGCCGCCGUACGACUCCCUCCAAACCUACGCCUACGAAGGCAGAGGUUCUCCCACAGGCUCCAUCAGUUCCCUGGAUUUGCCCGGACCCCAAUCGGAAUUGGACUCUGCUGACCUGGAGGACUGGGGACCUGAAGUCCAUACUUUGGCAAGACUCUUCCAAGAGCAAGGCUGUGAACACGCGCCAUAGUGACGAUUCAUGUCCGUAAUACAAAAAAGAAAAAAGGGGGGAGAAAAGGGAAAAAAAAAUUUUAAUGACAGAAAGAGUAGUGAACUCCAUUUCUCCUUUGUUUCCGAUCCAGACAACACCCCGGAGUAGACUUUUCGCUGUUCGGUUUUGCCCUUGGAUUAUUCGACAGUUGUUUUUUUUUUUGUUUGUUUGUUUUUGUUUUUGUUUUUUUUCCACUGAGUUCAAUAAAGCGGAAGAGUGGAAUUUGGGUUUUUUUGAAGAAAAAGUAUAAAACUGAGAAAAAAAUGGCAGACUGUCAAAAAAAAAAAAAAAAAAGGAAACUAUUUUCCCUGGUGUAUAUUUUAUAUUGCUUAAUAAAGCUGACAGUACC